UCCUCUCCUCUCCUUCUGUCAUUCCGCUGUCUUCCUCCAGUCCUGUCUGCAGCAGCUGCAGCGAUCUAUCCUCCAACAGAGGGCCAAACGUUUACCGACAGAAGUUUGCGUGUUUGGAGCAGAAAACAUGCCUAAGCAGAUUCCCCUUGAAGUAGCAGAGCCACUGAUAGCGGCGGUGAAAAAACGGGAAGUGUUGUACAAUGUGAGCUGUGACGGCUACAGAGACCGCAGCUUGACAGAGCUGGCCUGGAAAGCUGUUGCGGAGGAGACGGGACAGGAUAGUACUUUCUGUCGGAUGACUUGGACGUCUCUGAGAUCAUCCUACACCAGGAUCAUGGCACAGCGGAGACAGUACCAAGACUCGCACAAACUCCACGUGCAAGCAAAGAUACCAAAGUGGUAUUUGUUCAAACACUUGUCCUUUAUCGAUGAGUUUCUUGCCAACGGGCCCGGUGUCGACUCUUUCUCCUCAAACAAAGAUUCCAACUCUCUGCAUCCGGCUACCUCCAGUUCUCCUGAACACAACGGCACUACAUCGGUACCGUCUUCGAAUAAUUCACAUUCCAACUCGUUCUCGCUAGAUGGAAAGAAGAGGAAAGCAGAAGAAGAAGACAAACCAGAAGUGUCUAUAGACCGCUUACAUAGCGCCCUCAUGGCCUUCUUAGAGAAAACUGCAGAACGCGAAGAGGACCCAGACUUGGAUUAUUUCAAGGGAAUUUUACCGUUCUACAAGAAGCUUGAGGAGAAGAACAGGAGAGUGUUCAUCAGUCGCACCACGGCGUUGUGUAUGGAGCUUAUCGACAGUCAGGACCCGUCAUGAGUUUCACUCUCACUUUUCUUUCUCAAAACAAAAUGAAAUAAGACUUUACUUUACUU